GCUGCGUGGAGAGAAGACGCUCUCAGAUCAGUCAGUGGCUUCAUGGAGUUAUGUACCUCUGAUCCGCCGCCAUGGAUUGCAAUCCGCGAUCACUCCUUCUCAUUUUACCUCUUUUGUUGUCCUGCGUUAUUCCUGCGUUUCCCAUCAUCUACCCCCCCAAUGAAGUCAACCUGUUAGACUCUAAAGCAAGCCAAGGGGAGUUAGGAUGGAUUUCCUACCCAACGCAUGGGUGGGAGGAGAUCAGUGGCGUGGAUGAGCACUACACUCCCAUCAGGACCUUCCAGGUCUGCAACGUGAUGGAGUACAGCCAGAACAACUGGCUGCGCACCAACUGGAUCCCUCGCCAGUCGGCCCAGAAGAUCUACGUGGAGCUGAAGUUCACCCUGAGGGACUGCAACUCCAUCCCGCUGGUCUUGGGCACCUGCAAGGAGACCUUCAACCUCCUCUACCAGGAGACAGACGACGACCAGGGAAGCCACUUCAGAGAACACCAGUUUACUAAGAUUGACACUAUCGCCGCUGACGAAAGUUUCACCCAAAUGGACCUCGGAGAUCGCAUUCUCAAGCUUAACACUGAGGUGCGCGAGGUUGGUCCCAUGACCAAGAAGGGCUUCUACCUGGCGUUCCAGGACGUGGGCGCCUGCGUAGCUUUAGUUUCAGUGAGGGUUUACUUCAAGAAGUGCCCUCACACUAUUAGGAAUCUGGCCUCUUUCCCUGAUACGGUGCCCAUGGACUCCCAGUCACUGGUGGAGGUCAAAGGCUUAUGUGUCAACCACUCCAAAGAGGAGGAGCCGCCGCGAAUGUACUGCAGCACAGAGGGGGAGUGGCUCGUACCUAUUGGGAAGUGUCUAUGUAACCCGGGUUACGAGGAGAGAAGCAACACCUGCCAAAUGUGCAGGGCGGGCUUCUACAAAUCUACUAUCGGAAAUAUGGAGUGUUCAAAGUGCCCGCCUCAUAGUUUCUCCCACCAUGAGGGGUCGCUGCACUGUGGCUGUGAGAAAAACUACUUCCGUGACGAGGGAGACCCUCCAUCCAUGGCCUGUACCCGACCCCCUUCAGCUCCUCGAAAUGUGAUCUCUUCCAUUAACGAGACCUCCGUUAUCCUGGACUGGAGCUGGCCAGAAGACGCUGGCGGGCGCAGGGAUGUCACCUUCAACGUCCUCUGCAAACGCUGCCGCGGGGAGCUCGCUAACGGCAGUAACGUUGGCAACCUGCGUUGCGAGCCUUGCCGGAGCAAUGUACACUUUCUGCCAAGAGCCAAGGGCCUCCAAAACACCACGGUGACGGUGGGAGACCUGCUAGCCCACACUAACUACACCUUUGAGAUCGAAGCACUGAACGGUGUGUCAUCGCUGGCACCCAAGAUGAGACAGUACGCCGCCGUCACCAUCACCACCAACCAAGCUGCUCCCUCCCCGGUAACAGUGAUCAGAAAGGAAAAGACGUCUCGGAACAGCGUCUCCCUGUCCUGGCAGCAGCCUGAAAGACCCAAUGGCAUUAUCCUCGACUAUGAGAUCAAAUACUACGAAAAGGAGGAGCAGGAGACCAGCUACACCAUCCUCCGUGCUCGGGGUUGUAAUGUGACUCUGAAUGGUCUGAAGCCCAACACCGCCUACCUGCUGCAGAUCAGAGCUCGCACAGCUGCAGGAUAUGGAGCCAGCAGCCCCAGUUUCCAGUUUGAGACCAGCCCUGACUCAGCCUUCUCCAUCUCCAGUGAGAGCAGCCAGGUUGUUCUGAUCGCCAUUUCCUCCGCUGUGGCCAUCAUCCUCCUCACUGUGCUGCUCUACGUCCUGAUUGGCAGGUUCUGUUGCCACAGCAAAUCCAAACAUCCCGAUGAGAAAAGGCUGCACUUUGGCAACGGCCACUUGCGUCUCCCGGGUAUCAGGACCUAUGUGGACCCUCACACAUAUGAGGACCCGAGCCAGGCUGUGCACGAGUUUGCAAAGGAGCUGGAUGCCUCCUGCAUCGCCAUCGACAAAGUGGUGGGAGCAGGAGAGUUUGGCGAGGUGUGCAGUGGUCGACUGAAGCUGCCGAGCAAGAAGGAGAUCUGUGUGGCCAUCAAGACCCUUAAAGGAGGAUACACAGACAAGCAGAGGCGGGACUUCCUCGCCGAGGCGUCAAUCAUGGGACAGUUUGACCACCCCAACAUCAUCAGGCUGGAGGGGGUGGUAACACGCAGUAAACCCGUCAUGAUUGUCACAGAAUACAUGGAGAACGGAUCCCUCGACAGUUUCUUGAGAAAACAUGAUGCCCAGUUUACAGGCAUCCAGCUGGUUGGCAUGCUGCGUGGCAUCGCCUCGGGCAUGAAGUAUCUGUCAGACAUGGGCUACGUUCACCGAGACCUGGCGGCUCGAAACAUCCUGGUCAACAGCAACCUGGUGUGUAAAGUGUCCGACUUCGGCCUGUCCCGAGUCCUGGAGGACGACCCGGAGGCUGCCUACACCACCAGGGGAGGUAAGAUCCCCAUCCGGUGGACAGCUCCGGAGGCUAUUGCUUACAGGAAGUUUACAUCAGCCAGUGAUGCGUGGAGUUAUGGCAUUGUGCUCUGGGAAGUGAUGUCAUAUGGGGAACGGCCAUACUGGGAGAUGUCCAAUCAGGAUGUAAUAAAGGCUGUAGAUGAAGGAUACCGCCUCCCCCCACCCAUGGACUGCCCGGCUACCCUUUACCAGCUGAUGUUGGACUGCUGGCAGAAGGAGAGGAAUAACCGGCCUAAGUUUGAACAGAUCGUCAGCAUCCUGGAUAAACUCAUUCGCAACCCUGGUAGCCUCAAAAUCACGGCCAACACCACAUCCAGGCCGGCCAACUUGUUGUUGGACAGAAGCAGUUCAGAGGUUCCAGCUAUGGGGACGCUGGGUGAAUGGAUGGAUGGAAUGAGGACCUUGCCCUGCAAAGAGGCCUUCUCUGGGGUCAGCUACAGCUCCUGUGACACACUGGCCAAGACCUCCACCGAUAGAGUGGUUCUGACGGAGGUCCACGUCACACCGGCCACUUGCCCAGAAUGGGAGCCGUCCAUGGGAAUCACCACUCUCUAACGCCCAGCUCCUCUCAGCCUCCUCUGGCUCUGGAUGGGAUCUGAAAAAGGUUGGAGUGACUAUCGUCGGACCGCAGAAGAAAAUCGUGAGCAGCCUCAAAGCCCUAGAUUCCCACACCAAGAAUGGCCCAGUACCUGUUUAAGAAACGAACCUAAGGAGUAAAAACACGAGAGACCUGUCUGUCGCUGUGGUUGCUAAUCACAGUCUAACAGAGUGGCCUCAUAUGUAAACUGGAAACGGAUGGAAAUGGAGGAUGAAUAUCAUGUGAUUCAAAUGAGGGCUUUCGUUGUUUCGUUGAAAGACGAUAUCAAGUCUUGAAAGAGAAAUGGGAAAGCGUUCAGUGCAGACCUGCCAGCUAGUUAACUGGCUGACUCUUCAUCCAUCCGUCCCUCCAUGCCCAAGUUGAGAUGCCUUACAGACAAUUAGGAGGGUGGAAAGAGCUAAUUAAAACCAAGGAGGCCAGAGAUAACUUCCUAAGGAUACAAACUGGGACUGGACUGGGAUAAAGCCGGAGCUCUCCAGUAUUGGCUAGGCUGGACAGCAUUGCCUUCCCUUUACAGCUGAAAAGGGGACGGGCAUGCUCACAGGCUCCUCCCACCACGCCGACUAAGCAUCCUGCGGAACGAGGCGGUGAAACGCCUGAGAUGCGUCAUGUAGCAUGGCAGACAGCAGCAGCUCAUCCGGAUUUGGACCCUUCCUGGACUAAUGAGGGCUGAGGUGUGAUCAUUUUUGUUGUAACUACCUACAUUUAUUGUCUCUAUCCAUGAGAGAACUGAGCUGGAAUGGACACACCUAGACGUUAACCGAGCCAUCUUACUCUGUAGCUCUAACCUAUAGCAUUUGCAUUCAGUAGACAUGUCACAUAAAAGCAAUAAUUAUGAUAAUCAGUUUAAGUAGUCUCAUUGUUUGGAAGCCAUGAGUCUGUCACAUGUAUUGAAGGGGCCAUAACACACUUCACACACAGUAUUUCCUUUAUGGUUAUCUAUGUUCUAUGUGCUUAUGAACAGAUAUUGUACAGUUAUAAUGCUGUUCCCUCAACCCAAUGCCCUUUGUGUGAAAUCUCAGGAUGUGUACAUUAUUUGUUCUAUUUUCCCUAACAAGGGUAAACAGACAGAGGGAAUAGAGCAGAGACAGGAAUGAAAAGUGAAGGUUAAAAAAAGACAAAAGGGUAAAUCUGUAAGAGAGAAAUGCAUAAGAGGAAAAAGACAAUGAAAAAGAGAUGAAGUGAUGUCAUACAGGCCUCUGCCUCAGACAUUCGUGUUGUGUUUAAGGAAGUGUUUGAAUCCAGAAGUGAGUUUCUUCUUGAGUUUCUUCUUCAGGUGAGACAGGUUAGCAUCAUCCACCCCACACAACAGCAGGUAUCAUUUUCUUUCUUAGGAGUGGGUUUCGUUCUGCAUACGAAGGUUCAGAAGGUUGAGAUCAACACUGCUGAUCUGAGAGUGUUGUAGUCGUGCUUUAGCCUGAGUCCAUAACUUAUUAACAUAAGCCAUGUGGGAUCUGACAUUGGCUGUAAAAAAGAACUUAUUUCUGUUAUGAAAGUAAUCUUUGAAAUCCUGAUGUGUUUUAAUGCAAAAAGUAGAGGGCCUCCUCUAGCUGGGUUCGAUUGUGGUAGGAUCUCCAAUGAAAAAGCUCCAGUUUCGAUUCAUUUUCAACAAAGUCUUGUUUUUUUUUAUUGUGUUCUCAUUUGGGUUUUCUCAUCACUGCCCUAAACUAACAAGGUGUGAAAUGCACUGAAUGAAAUGGAACACUUUCCAAUAAGUGACUGCUUUCUGAGAUAGUUUCUCGUACAAUAUAUGUCCAGGAUGGGGUUUCUUAAAGGCACCAUAGAAUUUAGAUGGUCUUGGUACUCUGAAGUCCAACCUUAAAGAUUUUUGUCUCCUGCUUCGAUGUCACCCAGUCAAUCCCUCAGUGCAACACAUAAGCAGUAUUUCUAAACUGGCACGUUGGUACUUUGUGAAGUUGGAUGGGUAUUAUUUAACCACAAGGGUGCUACUGUUAAGCUUCUUCCAAGCACUUAAUAGACAAUAUUUGAGCACUUAGAAUGGAAAAGGUUUAAGGGUGCUCCAAUCCGGCGAUAUUUAUUGUGGUCUCUAUGAAGUCAGACCAGAAGAAGCAAAACACACGAGAAUUUUAACACAAGAAUAAACAGUUUCCCAUUCAUGAAAGUUCCUCAUCUCUUAAUUUUGAUACUUAACAUACAAUGCUGUUAUGAAUAGUUGCAUAAAUAAUGCCAAACGAUAAAUAUAUGGUUUCCAGCAAUUGGUGAUUUGCCCCAAAAAUUCUGAUUGGAGCACCCUUAGAAAUGUUAUUGCCUUGGUAUGGAUUAAGCCAAUCUAAUGGAAAGGGGUGAUGUUGGUGCUUUUGGGAAACCCAUCCCUGUUGAGUACGUCAGUCGGUCCUCUGUUACUUGGUCCACCUGUGGAUGCUGCUGUUGCUGCUAUGUGUUUCUAAUUAGCAUGUACAUAAUGUAAACCAUCGUAAUGAUAGCAGCUAGCGCUACAGAUCCCACUAUAUGUACAUGGCCAUCCCUCUUUGUACAAAUGUUUGUAUGUAUAAAAGAAUAAAUAAAAAUUGUGCAACAUUUUUAAUUAAAAAAAAGAGACAAAAAUCAUCUGUAUUAUAUUUUAUCUUAUUUUGGAUUAUAUUUGUCUGCUUUGUUUUUUCUACAAUAAAAAGGCAAUUAUGAUUACAUUAUUAUUUAUUUGUUAACAUUAUACAGCCCGAUGUUGAUCCUUUUUUUUGUAGCAUACAGUAAAUUAUGUGUCAGUGCUAUCUGUGUUUUGGUUUUUGACUUACUUUAUAAACCUGGGACAUCUGAGAGAGCAAUACUGUUAUGCACCCAAUAUCCAGAUCCUUCAUUCUCUGUCUGAAGACUGACCUGUGUGUCUGUGUGAGAGUUUACGUGUGCAAAUGUAGAUGGCCUUGUCUACUAAUGUAAAAUGAUUUGUA